UUUUUGUUGUAAACAAACUUGCGAAAAGGUUUAAAGUUCAAAAAUGAAGGUUGAAGAUUUGGACAAGUGUGCUCCGAGCUCUGACUGGAAUGUGCUCUACUGGGUGCUGGGUACCAUUUUAAUGCCCGUGGCCCUGCCUCUGGCACUCUUCAAUAUAUGGCAGCGGUUCCGUGCCCAAAAAUAUCGUAAUCAGUUGCCGGGCAAGGUAGUGCUCAUUACGGGCGCCAGCUCGGGCGUGGGCGAGGCAUUGGCUCAUGUGUUCUACAGCGCAGGCUGCAAAGUGAUUUUAGCAGCACGGCGCACCAUGGAACUGGAGCGCGUUAAAAAGGAUCUCUUGGCACUGGACCUGGAACCUGCAUAUCCACCGACGGUGCUUGGUCUGGAUCUGGCGGAGCUCAACACCAUACCGGACUUUGUGACGCGCGUCCUGGGUGUGUACAACCAAGUGGACAUUCUGAUCAACAAUGGCGGCAUCAGUGUGCGGGCCGAUGUGGCCUCUACGGCAGUGGAUGUGGAUCUCAAGAUAAUGGUGGUCAACUAUUUUGGCAGCGUUGCUUUAACCAAGGCUCUUCUCCCAUCCAUGAUGAAACGCAAGAGUGGUCACAUCUGUUUCAUUAGCUCGGUUCAGGGAAAGUUUGCCAUACCCCAGAGAGCUGCUUAUUCCGCGUCCAAGCAUGCCAUGCAGGCCUUUGCCGACUCCCUGCGUGCCGAGGUGGCUAGCAAGAAUAUCAACGUGUCCACCGUCAGUCCCGGCUACGUACGCACUCAACUCUCAUUGAACGCUCUCACAGGAUCGGGUAAAAGCUAUGGCAAAAUGGACGACUCUACAGCCAAGGGUAUGUCGCCUGAUAAGUUGGCUGAACGCAUUCUGAAGUCCAUUCUGCGCAACGAGCCCGACAUUAUGGUUAGCGAUAUUCAGGCCAAGAUCGCCUAUUACCUGCGACAUCUGUGCCCCAGUCUGUUCUUUUGGGUAAUGGCUAGGCGUGCAUUAAAAUUGGAAAAGGCCGAAAAAAAGACGGGCUAAAUAUAUGGCACAAUGAAUGUGAAAACUAUUUAUGUUUAAGUAUUAGUUUCGUUUUUAUUGUUAAUUGAAUUUCACUUAAAAUGAUGAAAUUAUAAAGUAUCGCAUAUGUGUGUGUGUGUUGUGA